AUGUUGGGAAACUGUUUCGGCAGUGAUACUCUAAAGAAAACAGCCGUUUAUGAAUGGCAUGAACGCUUCAAAAGUGGUCGUGAGUCCGUCGAGGAUGACGAACGCAAUGGCAGGCCGUCGACAUCAAAAAUCGACGAAAACAUCAAUAAAGUGAGAGAAAUGUUGAUCAAUAACCGCAAAUUAACUAUCAGAGAGCUGGCAGAGGACUUAAACAUUGCUUAUGGAUCCAUUCAGGACAUUGUUAAUGGUUUGGGUUUGUGUGUUGCUGCAAAGUUGGUCCCGAAGGAACUGAAUUUCAUACAAAAAAGGGACCGCGUUGUCAUCGCCAAAGACAUGAUUUCCAAGGCUGAAUCCGAUCCAACAUCAAACGCAUCAUUGGAGACGAGACUGGGUUUAUGA